AUAAUGGCUUCUUGGAAGUAAAGAAGAAUUCAUAGCUCCUGUAAUUCUUAUUAUUUAUUGCUAUUUUUUUUAGAACAGCAAUGCAGUUUCCAUUGGUUACAUUCUGGAACAAACAGAUGCUCCAUUCAGUUUACCAAAGAUCUUAUUCUGAAAUUUUCCCACUGUUCUGCUUCCAACUGGGAGGUAAAACACUAAAAUCAGAUUUUAUUUUCUAUCCACAAAGCGCAUCAAAACUACUAAAUCUCUUCAUUCUUGGGCUAUAAACACAUCAAACAGCUGAAUUUUCUUUGAUGUGCCUUUUAUUUGAAUGAUAAUUGGAUAAGGGUUAGACACAUAUGCUUAGAUGCAAUAAUGGGGAUGAUCUUGCAAUUCCCUCUUCUUCUUCUUCUUCUUCUUUUGGUUGGAUUUCAAACGAUAUUGCCAUCAAAGAAGCUGCAUCACAUUUUGUUUUCUCUCUUACUUGGAGCCGGAAGGGGUUGCAGCUCUUGUGAUAAUUCUUGCAGCGCAAGACAUGUUAGUAAAAGUGUGGAAAGAAAGAACUCGUUGGGUUUCGCUACAUCAACACAGCAGUUGAAUUUUCUUUUUACAGAAACUCGUCUUGGUUUGGAGAUUUUAGUCGUGGGAUUUUUUUGUUUUCGAUGCCAGCUUAUUGUCGCUCAAAUUAAAGGGAACGGACUGACCUGCGUUAACGCUUACUGUAAAAUAGCACUGCGCGGAGUUUCACACGCUGAGACACCAGGCGCCUUUAAAUCUUCCAUGCAUCCACCACAUGUGACACUGGUAACAUAGAACUAAAUGUGUUUUCUCUGGACGUGUUUUCGACACUGGUGGUUGACUCUCAGUGGUUUGGUCGCGACGAAAUGACAGGGUGAGGCUUUGUGUAGUUGUGCAUGGGGGUGGGUGGGAGAAUGGCCUGACACCAAUCAUCCCAUCAUGUAGCGCAGCGCUAAAUCGUGGAGAGGAACCGAGAAACCCGCACAUAUUUAGUUCCCGGUCGCCCAGCAACUCCUGACCCUGGAACAGCUGUUGGGUCGGUAAAGCCAGGCCGGUCCGUGCUGGCGCGGUUGCCUUUAGAUUAAGUUUCUGCCAUUCUGUGGAAGCCCAACCAGGAAGAGCAAACAUUCACACACACAAACAGGGGAAAGAGAGGGAGGGAGAGGGAGAGAGAGGGAGAGAAGAUCUCGCAGGCAGCGCCACCGACCGUCCUCUCCGCUCCACUCCUCCCCAGCUCUCCCAGUUUGCGGAGCUCCGCCGCCGCACCAGUCCCGACUCCCUCCACCUCCACCGCCUCCCUCCUUCCCUGCGGAUUCGCUCGACGCUUUUUUCCCCCUCCACUAUCCCCCCUACUCUCCUCCUCUGCCUUGUUAAAAAAAAAAAAAAAAAACAAGGAGGAGGAGGAAAGGGAAGGAGUUAACGCAGCUCGGUGUAUCGCGUCGCUGUCUGGAUGUUUGAAGUUGCUCCGACCGCCAGGAGCGGAGAGGAGCGGAGCGCGGAGCCCAUUUUUCCGCUUCGUGCAGCAGGAGCGACACACGGGGCUGCCGCUGCCGAGCUCCGCCAGGACCGCGACCGCACCAGCCGCCGUGCGCUUUGGAGAAACAUGUGAUGACCCACGCAAGGCAGACCGCUUCCCUCAGGCAGAACCAAACUAAUUCUGACUGGUGGGACACCAGCCAUACCUGGCCUCAUGGUGGCACUAUGGGCGGCGACUGGCCUGAGCGUACCUUACGUUUCGGCAGGACAAAGAAGAUAAGUGGGGUCACAAGACAAAGGAAAGACCAAGAGCCCAAGAGGAUGAACGAGAAGAGAGAAGGAAGAAGAAAAUCGGACGAGAGCAGACAGCUGGACCAAAGGCGAGACAAGAAACGGGUCCGAAAGUUGUACCCGCUGCGUGGUCGGGGUGGGAAUCCAGAGGAGCUCAGCUGCCAUGUUCUUCUUACCCGAUUGGAGGAAGGCUCACGGGAAAAGGGCAGGUCUAAAGGCAAAGGAGGAAAAGACGGGUCCAAAACCAAACCCCAAAUGGACAAAAUCAGAGACAGGAUGAAGGCAAAGUCACUACCAAAAACCAAACUAAAAUCAAAACACAAAGGUCUGGCUGACUAUCCUGAGCUGAGAGACUUGCAGCCACGCAAGCGCAGACUGGCGUCUCUCAAUGCUGAGGCAGUGAAUAGUUUACUGCUUGAAAGACCCACCGACGCCCAACCAGUGGCCAAACAAGCCAGGAGGCAGGAAGAUCCUCUGGACGGAGCAGUUUCUCUGGAUACAGCCAGAAGUUUUUUGCCUGGAAGUCUGAAAGCCUCACGAGGCAACAUUAGUAAAGUCUCUCCACCCAACAAGGUUGAACUAUGCCAAAGUCCUAAGCCGAGCAAGAAGGCUAAAACCAGCCGGGGCGACGAAAGAGUCUGGAUGAGUCAGGAGUGUUUAGACGCACCUGCACCAAGACGACUAGCUGGACUCAAUGCUGCAGCCCUGCUGAAGUUAACAAGCUCCUCAGCCACCAGUAAGCAGAGAGUAAAGGCAGCACCCACCGCAACGGUUACGUCCAACUCUACGGCUCUUGCCGCGGCCUUCACCCCAAAGCAGCACCACAGCGUCAAACUCCAAAACAAGCACCACUUGCAAAAGAAAGGCAAGAAGCCUCCUCCACCACCCAGUGGUUGUUCAGCCUGCAAGAAAAAAGCGGACUUUGAACCCAAGGUGGAGUGGGAGACGAGCAACUGCACCCACCGCCUGACCAAACCAGGGUAUCAGUCUCGUAGCAUGCUAGGUUUCCCGCUAAAGCAGGUGAAGGAGGAGCAACUGGAAACCGAACUGAGCCCAUACUACUGCUGUCCCCCAGAGGGUUCUGUGGAGUACUGCCACCGCUUGGCCUGCUUCCUCGGCCAGCAGCCGUACGGAGACUCCGAUGACCAGUCUCUAAACUCAGCCAUGACCCCCGUGAAGCCAGAGUGCCUAGUAACCUCGCCAUCUCUCACACAUUCCCACCCACACCGAGCACUUGCCCUUACCCCGCAUCCAUGCCUCUGUACCGCUGACCACUGCUUCCCCGGCUACUACGUCCACAUCACCCACCCAACGCACACUGGACAGACUUCAGCAGCCCUGGCCACGCGGCCUCUCAACUUCAGCUCCACCGGCUUGUGCCCCAGGCGCAUUACCGGAUCCAAGCUCCUGGGGGGUCAGGUGUCACACCCGUCCGGUUUAGGCCACCCUGCCUACUGCAACUCUGUGGCUUCCCCCUGUUACGGAGAUGCCUGCAGGAUCAGUGGCUACAGCUACAGAGCGCUGCCUCCAGUGCCGGCCAGCGGUUGUUCUUUUAGUGCAGGAUGUACCGGAUGUACGCACAGCAUCAAGACAGAGGCUUACACAACCCCACAGGGCGACCACAGCCCUUCCCUUCUGGUUCCCCCCACCAUGCCAAUCGCCCAGUGUCCACUGUCUGGUGUGCCCACUUCCACACAGACUAAAAGCCGCCUGCUGACCCCUCUGUCUGGCCUAGAUCAGUCCCAGGCCAUGUUAAAGCUAGCUAAGGAAUGCCCUCAGAGCACAAAGGCCUCCAACGGCUCCUCCGUGGGCCACACCCGGCUCCUGACGAAACAGGCGAUCUCGGUGCCCAGCCUCGGCAGCGGCAAGCAGAAGAAGAUCAGCCGCAGACGUGCAACGAACGGCUGGCGGCCUGUCGGCAUCCCCACAGACAGGGAGGUCUUCGUUGCGGGAGAAGAUGAGGCCGCAAUGCGGAGGUGUUACGAGGGAGUCGAACGGGACGGCGAAGUGAUCCGUAUCAGAGACACUGUAUUGCUGCGAUCCGGUCCCAGGAAGAAGUCCCUGCCGUAUGUUGCCAAGAUAUCAGCAUUGUGGGAGGACCCCAAAACAGGAGAGCUGAUGAUGAGCCUUUUCUGGUACUACAGACCCGAGCACACCCAGGGAGGCCGAGAUCCCAGAGCACACUGUGAGAAUGAGAUUUUCGCCUCUCGGCAUCAGGAUGAAAAUAGUGUGGCCUGCAUAGAAGACAGAUGCUACGUUCUCCCUCUAGCCCAGUACUGUCGAUUUUGUGCCUUGGUGAAGCGGCGUGCCGAAGGCGCCCCACCUGGCAGGGCCAGCAUGGUGCCCUUCCGGUCCGACUUCGCCCCUCCCUCCCACCGCUGCGUGCCCAUGGACGUCGACCCCGAGCUGGUGUACCUCUGCCGGCACGUCUACGACUUCCGAUACGGACGCAUCUUGAAGAACCUGCAGUAGAGCGGGAGCCUUCCCCGUCUCUCCCCCGUCGUCGCACCUUUGACUCAGUCGUCGCAAUUGUCCGCCUUCGCAGAGGAGGAGCAGCUGAAGGACUGAAGACCUCCACCUAACCCCCGUUCACGAUCAGUGUGAAAAGCGGGGUGACGGGGGGGAGGGGGGGUUGCAUGUACACAUUAUGAAGCACAGAUCCCUUUAGUUACAUACUUAGAAGUUAGAAUGUCGUAGGGAAUCUCAGCUCAGUCAGAGAGCUAAACUCCAUCCAGCCGCUCAGAUUUUCCCCCACCUCGCCUUCCCAGCCAGAAAUGCCGAGCGCCAGGUCGAGCGGCGCGCUGGUCAGAACCGCGUCUCCUCCCCCUGAAGCACGUUAGCGCAACAAUCAUGUUUGUUCCGUUUGAGAGCCGCCGGCGCAGCGACGGUCCGGCACGCCGCUCCGAUGCUUCCAGGGAAACAUGAGGCCGGCCCUGUCAGCUCCGCGUUAACGCCGCUCGACAAGCAUGGGUGAAAGAGCAGCUAAUGGAGAGUGUCAUCCUUUCUCCCCUGAUUUGACUCUGCACAUCGUGCGUGCGUGUGUGUGUGUGUGUGUGUGUGUGUGUUUGUGUGUUGAGUGUUAUCGCUGAGGUUAAAUAUAGUGACAUUUAGGAGGCUUCUAGGUAAUCAAACCAAGCAAGAAAGUAGCUUUAGAUGAAGUGGAGCGGGUUUCUUUUGUUGUUUUUUUUCCCUCCCGCUGAAUUGAACAUUUUCACAUCGAGCAACUGAUUGGGCUAGAGGGCAAAGAUCACCUUGUAUUCCUGAUAAGAUAUGGUUAUUACUUAUAUGGUGAGAAAAAAUCCCAGUCAGUCGAGUUUGUUAAUCGACUGACUGAAGAAGAAGCGUGUUGUGCUUAUUUGAGGUAAAUAGCGAGACCACGCUAAUAUCAGGCUGCGCAUGACGACCCAUGUUUUGACUUUAUGCACGUAAUAUAAUAGACCAGAAAGCAGAAACAGUACCUUGCAAAAGUAUUCAUUCCCCUUAAGCAUGUUCCUGUGUUACAAACCGCGGAUUUUAAUGUAUUUCAUGCCGAGUUUUAUGCGUUAGUCCAACGCAAAGUUGCACAUAAUAGAAAAGCUGUCAUGUAAAUUUAGUUUUUUUACUAACUAAAAUCAGAUUAAAUAUUUUGGCAUGUAUUGUAUUUGCUUAUUAUGAUGCUUCCACUACUGUGUUCAACAGUGAAUAUGCUGCAGUGUUAGUGUUUCCCGACACAAAGUGUUUUUGAAACUUCAUUUUUAAUUAAUCUAACAGCAGCAUUUACUCCUGGAUGUUUGCUAAUGUUUUUUUUGUUGUCACUUUUCCUUCUUUCCUUCAUUUGUGGAUCAGGUGACUUUCAGUUCAACCAGAUGUUUGGAAAGCAAUUAGUUGCAGGGCGUUGAAUACAAAUGGUCAACUUUUGAGAUAAAUUUGACUUAUUUGGCAAUACUGCGUGUUGGUCUUCCACUUAAAAUCAACGUUAAGCACGUCUAAGUUUGUGGUUGUGACAAGACGUAAAAUUUGCGAAUACUUUUGCACCGUACUGUAUUUCAAUUCCUUUCCAGUCUCCACUUUUAGGGCAGUUUUCAUGUCGCCAACUCUUGCCCGAUUCCUAAUCCCUGCACCCCGUCCAGGAGGAACCAGAGGACGUGGCGCAAAUUUGAACGCCCCGAGUCUCCGUCUCGUCGUCAGCACUUGUCCGCAUGUUUUGUUGCACUAAAACCAAUCCCUCAUGAAAACACGCGAUCACCUCUUUGUUUCGUAUCGUUGCUGCUGAGACAUUGGCGGGACGUGAAAAGCGGGGCUUACUGUAGUGCAUUUGUUCGGGUGUUUUUAUUGCGAAGGAGACCUUACGGAUGUAACGGUUUGUGCAAACUGUUCGUUUUGAUGACCAGAGACGAGUCGACCAACAUGUUUGCCAUGGCAACUUGACGCUCUUCGUACUGGAUGAAAUCAGAAUGGAUCUAGAGUCAUUCCUUUCUCUUUUCCCCCUCACAUAUAAUCCUAUAAAUACUCGGUAUAUAUUUAUGUAUGUAUUCACACUGUUAAUGUGACUAGAUGUGCAGAAGGCUUCAGGAUUCAGUCCUGUCUUGCUGUGCAGGCAAUCGUAGCACUGUGAUAGAUGUGUGACUGGACUGAAGGGGUGUUUCCAUGCUUUCAGAUGAAGCUUUUGCCGAUUACAAACCACGCGCCCUCUCAUUGCCUCCAAACCUGCCACUUUAUUCCCCGUCGGCGUGCGUUCGAGUUCCAGCUGUAAAAGAUCCCCACUCUCUGAAGCCAUCUUUAUCUCCCCCCCCUCUUCUAUUUGAAGCGCAUCAAAGCUAAAUCAAACCCUACAUCUCCUUCUUUUCCCCGCUGGAGUCUUCAAAAAGGACAUGGAUAUAACUAUACAUUACAAUUCCUCCUCCUCCUAAAGAAUAUUUUAUUAUGUCGAUUUGCUAAGAUGGCACAUGUAAUAUAUUUUUUAGAAUUACUAUUUUUGAAGAAUGAACUUAAGAAAUCUUGACAAAGUAUAUGCAUUGCUUUUCUUUUCUUUUCUUUUUUUGUCCCAGUAGAUAUCGAGUCAGUCUAGAGUCGAUGUUUGACCAAACGAAAGAGAAAUACAAGGAGAACAUAUCUAAACCCCAGGAAGCACGGGGCAAUCUUUAAACAAGCAGACAGCCAAUGCAGUGUAGAAAUUAUUAUUAUUUUUCCCUUGCAAGAUCUGUAAUAAUUAUAUUUAAAGUAUAUUUAAAUGGAGAAAACAAUUGAAUAUAUUAAGAUGUCAGUUUUAAGUUAUUUGGGACUAAUUAUGUAGAUCCUGCAUAUUUGUGCUUCAGGAUAGAAAGCAGUUUUUGUUUUGUUUAUUUCUAAUCUUAGAAGCUUAACGAGGUUUAAUAGCAGAAACGUAACCAUAGGUUAGCUUCGUUGAGACCAGAGCAAUUUUCGCCGAAAGCACCUUCGCUCUGGAGGAGCUCCGUUUGGUUCCCGAGUGGCCGAACGGAAACCGGACCGACCUUGACGGGACAGUUCGGGACUUUUUCUAACUGAGGUUCUGUAAAUGUUACGAGCAGUUCAUAUCUUGCGACCUUCAACCUAUCCCUAUCCCUUUAGGCGUGUAGUUUGGGAGAAGCGUCAAAAUGAGACAAACAGGGGACAGGAAGUUCCUCUGAGCUCCUAAGCUGAAACCAGAAACCCUGGUGCAAAAGGUUAGAUGUCACUAGCAAAAGAUGUAAAGUAUUAUUGGAUGUAGGCUGACAGUAUUUCAAAACGGUUGCCCUUUAAACUCUACAAGGAGCAUCCCUUUUUGUUUUGUUCAGGUAAUUGGUGGAUUGGCAUAGAGGAAACAUUAUGCUAACGUUAGCAUAAAUGAUAUCAUUAUCAUGUUGGCUUUCCCUAGCUGGAUGGCUAGCAUUAACUCAGCCCAUUCAGCAAGUCAGCUGUUGCUUUAAAGUCAAAAGUAGCAUUUAAGCUAAUGCUAGCUUAAUCAUUAAUCAUAAAGAUGUCUUUUUGCCCCCUAGUGGUCAGGCAAAGCAAGAUUAUAGAUGCUGUCACACCAACGUCCCUUAUCUGUUCGCCGGCCAGAUGCAGGCGAGGAAAGCUCAGACAGCCAUGUGCUCCCCUCACUAGUGCUGGCCAGCCUUGCAAAACGCAUGGACUUAGAUAGCCUGCUGUCAUUCAAUAACCUAAUCAGCCACAGGCUAUUUGCAUGGAGACAGUUGUGUCCUUAUUUCCAUGACAACAAGGUUGGGCAAGCACUCAGGAAUAAGAAGUUUCAGCGAUCUAUGAUGUGAAACACUGAGUAACCUUCGCUGAUGUGUGUGUGUGUGUGUUUGGGCGUGCGCGCGCGUGUUCACUCCAUUAGACAAAAGCACCCGACCAACCUGUGAGAUUCAGCUUUCUCUGUGGCCUGUAUUGAUGCUUAUUGUUGGCAUAUAUUUUGAUAUAUUUGGAAAAUGUGGGAUAUACAGUUUAGAUAUUUUUGGAGUAGAAAGAGUUAUGUGUAUCAGAUCACUGUCACUUUGUCAUGCUAUCUGAAGAUCUCUUGGAUUUUUUUUUAUUUUAUUUUAUUUGAAAGACUAUAUCAUCCUAACUGAUUUAAUGUAAUGUUGAGAGAAUAUUUAUAAAUUUUAAGUCCUUUGUGAAAACGG